AAUCAUCAUCGUCGUCCGAACUUCUUGUUUCUUUCUUAUCAUUGUGCCCAAGAUAAAGGUAUCAAUUCACAUCCGAAUUCCCACUCUCCUUAUUUGAAAGAUAAUUUUGGUUUCUUAUUAUUACUUUUACUUCUUCUUUCUUUCUUAUCUGCCUAGAGCAAAAGGACAAGGCAAGGCAAGGCAAGGCAAAGCAAAGUAAAGCAAAGCGAAAUACUGAGAUAACACAUCAACCCCCAAACAAACAGAUCAUCUGGAAUCUACAAUCAAAUAUCUCCCAUCCAUUCUUCAAUUCUCAAUCUUCAAGUCUUUUCUACACGAUCUACAUCUUGUCCGCAUAAUACCGCCUCGAGCCAAGCCAAACACUCAAGCUUCGCACAAUGGCGGCCACGGAGUUAGCACAGCAACAACAAUCUCCUCCAAACUCACAACAACAUGACCGUCCUGAACAAGUAGGAGGACGUCGCAGACCAUUUACAACAUGGAUGAAAAAGUUCACUAAUUUCAAAAGUGGCUCUUCAACUGCAAAUUCCAAUCAAACCACUAAUGCGAAAAGGAAUGGUCAACAAACAAAGGCGAGCCUAAAGAAACAAUCUCCUUCGAAGAAUAACAACCCAUAUCCAGAAUCUGGUCGCAUAAAUGGUACUGCACCAACGCCUGCCUCUCGCGAUCGACAUUUGUCAUUCUCAACCGUACCAACUGGCAACUCAGUCAGCACGUCAUCGUUGGAAAGAAGUCGGAGAUCAACUCAAUAUUCUGAGGAUGGACAUCCACCGCCAACAAUUGGAACCAAAUCUGUAGCUCCCACAAUGGGUGAGGAACACGAUAUUGCAAGAUCAGACAUCGCAGCAUCGCAUGCGCCAUCUUCAGGCGAAGCUACAAAUGCUACAAUUGGAUGCGGGGUUAGCACUGGUAGAGGUGCUGAUAGUACAUUUUCUUCUCCGGCACCAUCUGUCAGAUCUUUGACCACAACUCUCACAACGAUUCAUUCAGCUGGAGCUCCCGGCAUGACAGUUUCGCACAAUCAUGCCUCGAAUAAUACACAGGGUAUUCAAUUCACACAUCAGUUCCCAACCUCCCCACCAGCCACAGCCUUACCCGCACAUUUGGCCCCACAAGGUAGUGGAGGUCACCCUGCAACAUACAAUACAGCUACAGCAAACAAUCUCCUCACAGAUAACGCAUCUAUCUUGACUUUGGCUUCAUCUUCUAAACGCAGACGCAGGCGAUCUAUGGAUACUGAUGCAUCUGUUCGUGCUUUGGCGCCAUCUUCGGUAUUUGGUGGCAGUCGCGAAAGUCUACCAUUGAGUGUUUUGAGUGCUACAAUUGACGGUUCUACCAUCACAUCUCCAACUGGUCUAUAUCAAUCACGCCCGAUCGCAAAUGAGAGAGCUAGCAUUUACUCCUCGACAGGCGUGGCUCCAGCUUUACCAAGUGAAAGGAACAGUUAUUACGCCAACAAACAAUCUUUGGCAAAUGAUGGCGGAAGUGUGAAAAGUGGAUUAUUAGGUCAUGGCAGAACAGACAGCAUCUCUGGAAGUAUCGGUGGUAUGGCUGCUCCAGGAAGCCCACUAGCUAGUCCACGCGAUCUUACAGGCUCCACCGGAAGAUUAAGUCGAAGUAAUUCGGGCUGGGGAGAAAAUGGUGAACUUGUAGUCACAGAUAUUACGCACACUCUGGACGGAGAAGAUGUAAAAGACAAAAUUGUUCGGGAGGAAUUGAAAGAAGAGAGCGAAAAGUAAUAUUUCAGAAGACUGGGGAAUUGGAGCGUAAGGAAUAUGAGGAUACGCGAUGUUUCCAAAUAUCAAAGUGGAUUUAAGGCGGGACAGAAAUACGGAGAUGGGACAUCGAUGAAGAUGUAGGCUGGUGUUUGGGUUCUGUGAUUUACGGUUUAUGCACCAAAGAUACCCGAUAAUUUUUCAUCGAACUUUUAGGUUCUUAUUAAUUCUCGAAUGUUCCUGUUUAUUGGUUUUGAGAAUAUCCAUGGGGAUGAGUGUAAUCAUCAGUUGAUCCUGAGACAUGAAAUAUUGUCUGAAGUAUUCCAUCUCAAGUUUCCUUACAUGAUAUCGUUUGUGAUGCAUUACAGCUGAUAAUAUCAGAUCAUUUCAUUGAAACAUCAAAACGUCUCUGCGAACUCGAGUUUAGUGAAAAUGGAACAUAAUUCUACCGUCCAAAGUCUGAGACGUGUUGAGAGCUAAUCCGCACUAGACUAAUUCUCUUUGCAUAUUGAAUUGAUGAAUGAAAAGUAUUUUCUGAAUAUUUAUAUUUGAGAAUUUGAGAAGUUGAGUUGAUUUCGCUCUCAUAUCUCCAUGACAAGUAGUCAAUAUAGGUGUCUAGAUAAGAAAGGAAGUCUUCAUUUUGCUUUCUUGAAGCCAUGCAAGUCCGCAUGCGAAGCGAUUAC